AUGCGUCGGAAAGAGCAAUCUUUGUUUCCCAGCGGCAGCCGAGGCAGAAGUUUGAUUGCAACCAGAACAAACCAACAGCAACGCAGAAUGCAAGGUGUAAAGACCCAGCUACCAAGGAGCUAUUCAUCACCUGGCACUCAGAAUGAGGGUAGUCCAAGCGAAAAUCAGAACAAAGGUUACAUGAUGCGGAGCUUUUCUUCACCUGAGCCAAAGCAGACGAGUGGCAGACGGAAUUCAGAGACCUUCUACCGAUCGGAAUCGCUUGGAUCAAGAAGUGAAUUAGAUUCUGACUUGGAAAACUUCGAGCAGUUCGACGAUAGUCUAAUGGAUAUUGAUGCAGACAAUGACGAUAUUUAUGGUCAAUUUCACAGAAGUCCAGAAAGAGACACGCCUAAACGUGUCAUCACUAGUCUUCUUCCUGGUAGCGGUCUGCAAAGAAUUGCUAUACGUCCCAUAAUUUCCAGUGCUGCGAACAAUCAGAAAAAAAUAAAAAUGGAAAAAGCUGAAAAUAAAAAAAUAUCGCGGCUCAAUUUCCGUCCACUGAUCGUGAAAAUGCCAAGUCCGACAUCAUUCCAUUCCGAUUCAGAACACUCUUUAGGCGUCGAAGAGUUGCAAACAUCACCACAGCUCGAACUAGAAGGGUCUGAGCUGGACAGAGAGUUUGAUAAAGCAGAGGAACAUCUGAAGAGGGAAGUUGCCAUGGCAGCCGCUGAAAGUGAUAAUGAGGUUAGUCUU